GUGGAGAUUGAUACGCAUUAUUUGGAAUCUCCCAGUAUUAUAGAAUCGCGACGAAGAUAGGUACGUCGGGCAAACCGGUUAGGAAAGCAUGACGUCUGUAACGGGCCUAACGGUCUUUUUACGUCAGUAAUCAGCUGACUAGAUGACAGUCCUUAUGUCCAUGCGAAAAAUGACAUCAGCUUAUCGUGAAUCCAAUUAAAAAAUAAUAAAUACAAUUCGAAAAUCGUUCAAUCAUCGCUCGCCCUGAACAUGGAAGUGAAUAAAGACGAAGCCGUGAGAUGCCUGGAACUGGCCGAGAAAUAUAUUCGCGAGAAAAAUAGGGAGAAAGCCCAGAAAUUUUUGUACAAGGCCGAGAAGUUGUACCCAACACAACGGGCCAAAGAUCUGUUAUUGCAAAUAAACCUGAUGGCACCUGCGAGCGCGCCGGACUUGAAUCAGCCGCGUAAGAGAAACGUCGCUCCUAAAGCUGAAGAGAUGGAGACGAAGACUCCGGAGUACAGUCCGGAACAGGAGCAGGCCGUGAAGAGGAUCAAACUGUGCAAGGAUUAUUACGAGAUACUCUGCGUCAGCAAAGAUGCCACGGACACUGAUAUCAAAAAGGCAUACAAGAAGCUCGCGUUGCAGAUGCAUCCCGACAAGAAUAAAGCGCCUGGGGCUUCCGAGGCAUUCAAAGCUGUUGGAAAUGCUGUGGCUGUGCUGACCGACCUUGAGAAACGUAAGCAGUACGAUUUGUACGGCUCAGAAGAGGAACGGAUCAGCACGUCGCGCAGCUACCAUUCGUACAGCCGCGGUUUCGAAUCGGACGCUACUGCCGAGGAGCUGUUCAACAUGUUCUUUGGCGGAGGGUUCAACAACAGCAACGUGUACGUCAGACGAGGAGGCAGAUGGCAACGGCAGACCAGCGGUAGUCAACAGGAACAUCACACGCAUCAAAGAGAUACUCAAAAUGGCUAUACGGCAUUCAUUCAAGUGCUACCAAUUCUCCUUGCUAUACUUCUGUCGAUGGCAUCCAGCUUUUUUAUUUCUGAUCCUGCUUACAGCCUGCAAGCAAGCUCAAAAUAUCCCAUUCAGAGACACACCCAAAACCUGAAGAUCCCGUAUUACGUCAAGGAUAACUUCCACACGGAAUAUCAAGGGUCGGUGAGACGACUCGAGCUGUCCGUCGAAGAGGAGUACAUUUCAAACUUGCGUCACGCCUGCUACAGGGAGAAAAACUACAGGGAUUCGAUGAUAUGGAAAGCGAGGAACUUUGGCGAUCGAGAGCUGUUCCAAAAUGCUCAAAACAUCAAAAUGCCUUCUUGCGAACAACUUCAAAAUCUUCGCCAACACGGAUAAACAUUUUUUUUACCUAAAUUAAUGUCAUAUAAUGUAUGGUAAGAGGUGACCGAAGCUGAUGCAUACUUUAUAGAUUAGAUUAAUAAAAUAUAUUAUUAUUAUCAAUACGUUAUCGGUAAAUAUUCUAUGCGAAUCUGUUUUGAGUUGGUCGGAAGCUAAGAACUGGCAUUUAUUUUUAUCAUUUUCAGCACUCACGAUACACUUAGUUGAAUAGUUCAUAUCGUCUCAUAUUGCAUGUUAUUUUCUAUUAGUUUUUCGAUAACAAGGUAGAAUAACUGUAGAAAGUAUUCAAGAAAUUACCAAAUAGCAAAUCAAACAUACAGUGUCUUCCUUAAUGACAUGCUAAUAUUAUAGGAGGUAAACUACCGCUCUGUAUCUGAAAAGAUUAGGGCAUUAGUACGAUUUUUUUUUUCUUAAAAUAAGUCCUUGAAUCACCUUCCUGAAUGUAAGUACGUCAUUAAGGAACACCCUGCACAUGUGGAAAAUAUCAAUUUUGCCGUUUGCAUACUUUUUAUUAUACAGUAUUUUCGAUUUCUUUGAUCCAUUGUUACAACCCAUAAUAUGUGUGAUUAUCAUACCUACAAUACUCCGCUUAACAGGAAUCCCGGAUGUCGGUAAAACCAAAAGAGAGGAAGUAGCAGCUGCCAGACUCAAAAUAUAACUCUGCAUAACUUGGAAUUUUGUAACCUGCCGAGUUUAAAAAAUGCGAUCGGUGCGUGUGUGCGCGUGUGUUUAUAUAAAUAUAUGUAUACGUCUAACGUAUUAAUACCGGUUGUACCAGGGCGCGCGCGCCGUUACGGUAACCGGUGGAAAACUUCGAACAUUCUCUCGACCCUUCGCUAGAUUGAAAGCGACACGGUGUAAUCGAAAAGAUAGUUCUACGUUUCGGUUAUAAGACAACAACUGUCGUCGUCGUCGUAUUCUCACUCGGAAUGAGGAGAGAUGCCGCAAAUGUGAAAAUAUAUUACGAAGAGCGAGCUGAGAUCGUCUUUCGUAUAUUACGUUCGAUCGCAUUUGGACCGCUUAACGGCUGUGCGCUAGCUAAAUCCGCGAUCUCGCUGUGGAACGCGCGUAUAUAUAUUUAUAUAUAACUUUAGACGUGGUCAUUGUCGUCUAGACCAGUUAGGUGAAAAAUUAAAGCUUCCGCCUUUUGUUGGGUACUUCGACAAAAUUUAAGC